GUGAACAAAAACUAUGUCCAAAAGGACGAGAACAACACUUAUCCUAUUCAGAAAUUCCAAACAGAUAUGUUACAGAAAUUCUUGAAGUUGGUGCAAACCACGAUGGUUAUUGGAAUAUUCAAUUGCUUGUUAAACAACUUAAACAUGCGAUUGAUAUUUUGAAAAUUGCACUCCCCAAUACAAUCUUUGUUUUUGGGUUUGAUAAAAGUUCUAGUCAUGGUGCCUUCGCAGAAGAUGCGUUAGUAGCAAGUAGAAUGAAUAUAAAAUAUGGUGGAAAACAGCUGCAAAUGCGUCCCG